AUGUCGUCUCGGCGCGACAUUUCAAAAAACUACGAAAAAGCAUUGCGCGUGUUUGCUGACAGUAAUGAAGCACUGAGUGACACAGAUGACGAAGAUGACGGUCUCGACAUCAUUGAGUCGUCGCGCAAAGGUUUACAUCUCUCACAGUAUAUUGACGGUCAGUCGAUACUGCCCUCACCUCGUUCAGGGUGCCAACAAGCUCUAGUUUUGACCCAGACGCAAAGUCAGCCGAAAGGCGUUGAAGUGCAACCGAACACAGACGAAGUAGACGAUGACAUUACCGAAGACGAGAUUGUCGAUGACGGCGGCGUAGAGUCGGAGUGGUCUGAUGAAGACACAAGAGCCGUCUACCAAAACUGGAAAGAGCGGAAAACCCUCAAGCGCAAGCGCGCCGCCGCUGAGACCAACAGGAUUCGCGCUGAGAAAAAGUCAAAGGUCAAAGCAGCUGUGAGCGUCGUCGGCCGUAAACCUCGGCCCAAGAGCCAGCAUGGUCAAGGUCCCAUAGGAUUCAGCACCGAUUCGGUAGCUGGAGACAAGAACACUACCCCAGCUUACUUAGAUGACCCCAUUCCUGACUAUGUCCUAUCGCGUCAACAGUCUCUCAAGAAAUUACACGAGGCUGGCUUGCGAUAUCCUCCCAGCUAUGAAGAUGUCGACUUCUCGGAUUCAGAAACGCAAGAGAAGCCCAAGCUCGACAAGGCCAUCAUUCCACAGCGAGAGAAGAAGAAUAUCAAGCUUCGUGAAUCUCAUGGUGUGAUACCUGCGCCAAUUGCUCAAUGGCUGCGUGACUACCAAGUUGAGGGCGUUCAAUUUCUUCAUGAAAGGUUUGUCAAACAAACAGGUGCUAUACUGGGCGACGACAUGGGUCUGGGAAAAACCAUUCAGGUCAUCGCCUUUCUUACAGCAGCUUUUGGUAAGACUGGAACUGAGCGCGAUGCAAAGUGUAUGCGAAAGAUUCGUCGCUUUGGCAAGAGCCGUUGGUAUCCCCGAGUACUCAUCGUCUGCCCUGGUACACUCAUGCAGAACUGGGAAGACGAGCUAUCAAAGUGGGGUUGGUGGGAGGUCUACAGAUAUCACGGCUCUAGUGCGGCGGACCGGAAGGGUGUCCUUGGUGCAGCAGCAAAGGGGAUGCUGGAGAUUAUGAUCACGACUUACACGACAUAUCGUAACCAUGAGAGCGAGAUCAACACCGUCGACUGGGAUUGCGUCAUUGCUGAUGAGUGCCAUCAAAUCAAGAGUAAGAACGCAGAGAUCACCAAAGCAAUGAACAAGAUCAAUGCUCUUUGUCGUAUCGGUCUUACAGGAACAGCCAUUCAGAACAAGUACGAAGAGAUCUGGAAUCUUCUGAACUGGGCGCGACCGGGAGCUUACGGGUCUGCGCAAGAGUGGAAGCAAAAGAUCAGUCUUCCACUCAAGUUGGGUCAGGCUCACGAUGCCACCAACGCGCAGCUCGCCGACUCGAGAAGCAGAGCUCAGGACCUCGUUCAUAAGAUUCUGCCCAGUGUCUUCCUUCGGCGAAUGAAAACACUGAUUGCAGACCAACUGCCUAAAAAGAGCGAUCGCGUCAUCUUCUGCCAGCUCACUGAGACCCAGGCUGAUGCGUACCGAACCUUCCUCGAGAGCGAUAGGUGUGAGUGGAUUCGCACUGCAAAAGAGCGAUGUGACUGUAGAUCUGGAAAAACCAGAGGGUACUGCUGUUACGUGGAAUUACCCGAAGAGGGCGAGAAGUGGUCAAACUACAUAUUUCCCUGCAUGGUCACAUUCCAAAAGCUUGCAAACCAUCUGGCCUUGAUCGUUCCAAUGUCCACCGAAAACCAAGAAAAGCAAGCCAAGGACUUACAGACUUUGCAGCUGGCGUGCCCAAGCACAUUCAAAGAUCUUUUUCAGAUUCGCGAUAAUAUCUUGGUUCAGUCCCAGCGCGAGUUUUGUGGAAAGUGGAAGGUGCUCAGGCGUUUACUUGAUUUCUGGCAUUCCAAUGGCGAUAAGGUACUCAUCUUCUCACACUCGGUCCGCCUCCUAAGGCUUCUGCGAGGCUUGUUCGAUGUUGAUGGGACCAAGUACAACUUCUCAUACCUCGACGGCAGCAUGAAGUACGAAGAUCGUUCGCAGGCUGUUGCAGACUUCAAUGCGGACCCUAAUCAGUUCGUGUUUCUUAUCAGCACUAAAGCGGGCGGUGUUGGUCUGAACAUCACUUCUGCCAACAAGGUCGUCGUUAUGGACCCGCAUUGGAACCCAGCAUAUGAUCUCCAAGCACAGGACCGUGCGUAUCGUAUUGGUCAGACGCGCAACGUGGAGGUAUUCCGUUUGGUUUCAAGUGGUACAAUUGAAGAGGUUGUAUAUGCUCGCCAGAUCUACAAGCAACAGCAAGCCAACAUAGGCUACAAUGCCUCAGAAGAGCGUCGUUACUUCCGUGGCGUCAUGGAUCAAUCCACCAAAAAGGGCGAAUUGUUUGGCCUAGAGAACCUCUUCACUUUCCAGGAGAACAGUGUACUACUCCGCGACAUCAUGCAUAAGACCAAUGUUGCCGAAUCGAAAGCCGGCGUCAACGCUUACGACUUCCACGUAGACGAGUCUCAGUUUGAUUCAGAGGAUGAGGACAUCUUGUCUAACAAAAACCUCGGUACCGAAGAUGAUGCCAACAUCGCAAGUAUCAAGAAGUUCGCCGAUUCUUUCCUCUCCAAGUCUGGCGCUGCCAGCAAAGGAAAGAAGGUGACGAAACGUGGCGGACCCGAUCCAGUCAACGCCAUCCUUGCGAAAGCUGGUGUGCAAUACACUCACGAAAAUUCCGAAGUCAUUGGCCGUAGUGAGAUAGAGGCUCGUUUGGGCAAACAGGCUAUGGAAUUGCGCAACGAUGUCGAUCUCGCAACUAAACGCGUGUUCCAGGGUUCGCAAUCACAAUCUCAACACCAAUCCAACCAGCAAAACAUAGAGGAAGAGUUCAGCGCUGAGGACGAUGGUGAUGCGCAUGUUCCUGGCAGUGCUACUAAAGGCGAAUUCAAGAUCAAUUACCGCUACAGGCCUAAUGAGCGCAUCCGAAAGCGACAACUUUGUAGUAUGGCGGAGAGCAUGGGAUUUGAUGAUCCUGUGAAAUUUGCGCUACUGGUGGAGAGCAGCACUCAAGCCGAAAGAAGAACGAUGCUUGAACGCUUCUAUCGUGGGCGGAGGAGACAGAUGAUGCGUGAAUUCGACAGCUCGAAUCAUUACGCCCGAGAAGAUCCGGAUCAUUUGGAGCUAAUGAGUAGGACGAAAAACGACAAAAAGGGACUAAGAAUCUUCACUGCUCUUCAUUACUAUGCUAUCGACGUUAUAACAACAUUAUUGUAUGGAAUACCCGAGUUUGGAGCCACUACAGCGGAGCCACUACAGCUCUACGCGGGACUUCGGCGGCUUGUCGAAAAAUGCCCAUCGAUACCCGAACAGGAUCUCUCAGGCGCCGCGGUGAGUCUUAAAACUGCGGAUGGAAUGCCAUAUCUCAACACGGUCAUCAAAGAGGCGCUCCGUCUCUUUGCACCUCUGUCAGCUUCAGAGCCAAGAUCGAGCCCUGUCGACACAGUCAUCGAUGACUAUAACAUUCCACGAGGAACUGUCUGUAGUAUGGCACCCUACUCGCUACAUCGGAAUGGAAGCGUCUUUCCUGAGCCACUGAAGUGGAAACCAGAGCGAUGGCUGGGUGGCGGAAAGGACAAGGCAGAGAUGGAAAAGUGGUUCUGGGCGUUUUCGAGUGGUGCGCGUAUGUGCAUCGGAGUCCAGAACACACUUGCUGGAUCAAAUUUGUCCCCCACAAAUAUCCCGAGACCUGUUAAUGUCGUAACGGCUUCACUACUGGUGCUAAGACAGGAUAUUCCGAGUCAUGAUGGGGCCGGAAUGUGGGGUGCCAUUGCCAACGGGGUAGACCUAGUACCGCUGCUUCCAAUCUCGGCACGAUGCCGAGCGUAG